UACUUCCCGCGGCGCAAGUACCUGGUGUUUGCCAUGUCGGAAGAGCAGCUCAGCAAUGCCCGCACGCACAUCGUGGAGGCGGCUCUGCUCGCCCGCAUGGCCAACCGCGUGCUCGUGCUGCCCAAGGCGAGUCGCAGCCAUGUAUCGCUGGGGCGGGAGCUGCCCGUGUGCGAGUACUGGGACCUCUCUCGCCUCGCAGCCGCCUCUGAGUGGGUGUCGCCGCAGUUCUUCCUGCUGCUCGCACGCGCCACUCUCGCCAAUCCCUCUGUUGGCUUCAUGUGGGUGGAAUCGCCGUACCUCAAACGCAACGUCUUCCAUUACGACAUGGUGACGGAGUUCUUGGGGCAGCUCAUGCCUUUCACGGGGGGCCACGUGCCACUGGAGGGCAACACGCAGCAACUGAGCAUGCCCGCCACCAACCAGAAAGUCGCUGCACUGCUCAACGCCUGGGAAGAGAGGGACAUUGUGGUGUGGUUCAAGACAACGUGGGAGCGAGUGGAGUUCAGCAGCAACACGGACGACUCAGCCUUCCCCCUGCUGCCCUACAGCCGCCACCACCACGCCACGGCUGCCCGCCUGCUCGCCAUGCUGCCGCGCCCCUUGAUCGCCGUGCACUUCCGCUCCGAGUUCAUAGCGUUCCGCGUGCAAGAUGACAUGCAGGCGCAAGGGCAGCAGGCGAAUGCAUCCAUGGUGCAGCAGAGGCUCGAGUGGUGUGUGGGCGAGGCAGAGCAGCUCAUAAACCGAGUCAGGGACCUCCUCGCCCAACCUUCCGCUGCCGCCGACGCUGUAGCUGCCCUUGCUGCCCUUGCUGCCCUUGCUGCUGAGGCUGCUGCCCCUGCUUCCAGCUCUGGUACCAGAGGUGACAGCAGCACCCUUGGCGAGAGCAUCAAUGUGAGCAGCAGCAGCAGCGGGGCCAGCAGCAACGUGUCGGUGUUCAUUGCAGCAGACGUGCCGUUCAACACAUCGGCGGCGCCCGCGCGGUCGGACUCGUGGGAGAGCAUGGUAGAGUGGUACAAGGGCGACCAAUCCGUGCUGCAGUCGUCGCUCGCCGCUCUGCGACGGCUGAGGAGGAACGUGGCGGGCACAGUGAUGGUGGACGAGCUCAUGCCGCAUGUCAACACCCUCGACCCAGAACGCCGCCUGGGAAGGAAAGCUCCUGGCAAGGGAAGCAUCUGGGAAGGAAAGCUCCUGUGA